CUGGAAAUUUAAAUGGACAAUCCAAAGAAGGAACAUUCUUAUACAUAUUGGGUUAAACAUGAUCCUAAUCAUCCUAAAAUUGAUUGUUAACCUAAAAAGGUAGAGGAUCCAUCCUAAGUUUAAUAACCUUAAACAAUAGGAUCACAAUGGAAUGUUUCAGGAACAUGGGAAGAGAAGAAAGUACCCAUGAGUGAUAUUAAAAAAUCAUUAGAGAAUAUUAUUGGAGUAUAUAGGCUAUUUAAUAAUAUUUUAGAUGAAAAUUGGAUAAACUAAGAUUUCAGCCGUAGAAUCAGUUGAAGGAGAAGCUCAUUUAUAUUUAAGUAGAGGAAAAAAGAGAAUGGGUUAUCAUUUAAAAAUAACAUAUGCUCUUGAAGAUGAUGGAUAAAUCAAAUAUACAGACUUUACAGAUGAUGGAGAUAGAGAUGUAAUAAAAUAAUAUAAUAAUCAAGUAUAUAUUAGAAGAUGUAACUGAUGAAACAGUCAAACAUUAAAUAGAAGAAUUACAUGAUCAAACAAAGCAAUUUGUAGAAGUGUUUAAAAAUUGAUAUUGAUAUAUUUAUUUUUAAAGUAAUUUUAACUGUUUAAUAGUAAAC